CUAAUAAAUUGAUAGACUAUAUCUGUGAACAAUUGACCCAAUUUCUAUCAAUUCACAAUAUUUAAAAUCUUAAGAAGAAAUUGAAGGGAUGGCACAAAUUGGAGAUGGAAGAUGGUCUCUUCAUGGCAUGACUGCCCUUGUUACUGGUGGCACUAGGGGCAUUGGGUAUGCCAUAGUUGAAGAAUUAGCGAGUUUUGGUGCAUCGAUCUAUACAUGUUCUCGCAAUAAAAAGGACUUAGAUGAAUGUUUAGAGAAAUGGCAAACGAAAGGUUAUAAAGUAAAUGGUUCUACAUGUGACUUGUUCUUAGAAGAUCAAAGAAUCGAGUUGAUUGGCAAAGCCACUCAACAUUUCAAUGGGGAACUUGACAUCCUUGUAAAUAAUGCUGCUAUAUGUGUACCAAAAGAGACAACACAAAUUACUUCAGCAGAUUGUUCACUAAUGAUGGGAACCAAUUUUGAAGCUUCAUAUAACUUGUGUCAAUUAGCAUAUCCUUUUCUGAAAGGUUCUGGGAAGGCUAGCGUUGUGUUCAUCUCUUCUAUCUCUGGGAUCAUGGCUAUCCCUUUUGUUUCUCUCUAUGCAGCAACAAAAGGAGCAAUAAAUCAAUUAACGAAGAACUUGGCCUGCGAAUGGGGUAAAGAUAAUAUUCGAGUUAAUGCUGUUGCACCUUGGAUUAUUGAUACCGCCCUUACAGAUACUGUAGCUGAAGAUUUUGAGUCAUCAGAUGUGGAGAAGUUAAUAAAGAGAACUCCAAUUAGCAGGAUGGGAAAGCCAAAUGAAGUGUCAUCACUUGUGGCUUAUUUAUGUUUUCCAGCUGCUGCUUAUAUAACUGGCCAAAUCAUUUGUGUUGAUGGUGGAAAAACUGUUUCUGGAUUUCCAUGAUUAAUUACUUACUUACAUGUUUAAACUUUCUAUUCAAUUGGGGAAAGGAUCAUAAAUCAUAAUAAUUGUCAAUUUUACAAAGCAGUCAAACGUCAAACUUUUUUUUGGGGGGUCUUCGUAUGUCGUUAUGGUAUGAUUGUAUUUACAUACUUUACGGAGUUUUAUUUAUGGGACAUUCCCUUAGGUUCCAAAGGUUCGGAAACGUAUUAAGGAACUUAUAUCUCGUGUUUGGAUGAUUAUAUGCAAAUUUAGUGGUGUUUUGAAUCGAA